AUCACUUAAUUGUUUUGCCGUCGCAUUUUUGUUACUGAACUUGUGUUUUUUCUACUAGCUGUAAAUAGCCUUUACCGAAAACAAAAAAAUGAGCAAGUUAUACAUAGGAAACCUACCAGCGGACAUAACUGAGAACACAAUAAGACAACUGUUUUCUGAAAACAACUUGCCGAGCAAGUCCAUCUUGAUCAAGCGAGGAGGGUACGCUUUCGUGGACUGCUUGGACCAAUGCACUGCGGACAAGGCGAUUGAUCUGUUGAACGGGUCUACCUUCAUGGGAGCACAACUAGUGGUCGAACCAUCAGUGGCUGGUACCACACCAGUCCUGCCGAAGAACAAAGUACAAGAAUCGACAGAAGAGAGCAAGAGCAACGGAAAUUGAUGGAUCAACAUGAAUUGCCCGUAUAAUAUUACAAAAAGGUAAACUCAACCUUAUGUUUAGCUAUGUACUUUCUUCUGUAUAUUAAACAGUUUUUUUCUCUAUA